UUGAAUAUUAAAUUAUUAAUAUUAGAUUAUAAUGACUAUAUCUAUUAUUUAUUAUCACAUAUUUAUCUUUAUUUCAGGUCUUGAUUUUCCAGCCUAUUUACUUGAGAUUUCAGUAAAACAAUUAGCACAAAAAUUAAUAUCACGUGAAUUUGAAUCUAAAUGGGGAAGUCAAUCUGAAAGUGUUGAUGUUACAUUAAAUGUGGAACAAGCCCUCUAUACUCGCGAUGCAUUGGCAAAGGAUAUCUAUGCUAGACUUUUUGAUUAUUUGGUUAAAAAAAUUAAUUCAGCUAUGGAAAUUAAUACAGAAGGUCUUGAAAUUGGGAUUUUGGAUAUUUAUGGAUUUGAAAUUUUUGAAAAAAAUGGUUUUGAACAAUUUUGUAUCAACUUCGUAAAUGAGAAAUUACAACAAAUCUUCAUAGAACUUACUUUAAAAGCUGAACAGGAAGAAUAUAUAUCGGAACAUAUAAAAUGGACUCCAAUAGAAUAUUUUAAUAAUGCAAUUGUUGUCGAACUUUUAGAAGGCAAACGUUUACCAGGACUCUUCUUAAUCCUUGACGAUGUAUGUGCAACUCUUCAUAGUGGUAGUACUGGCGCAGAUGUAAACUUACAAAAGAAACUUGCAGCUGCAGCUAAUAAACACGAGCAUUUCCAAAGCACGAAUGAUGGAUUUGCUAUUUACCAUUAUGCUGGUGUAGUUUCUUAUUCGGUUGAUGGAUUUUGUGAUAAAAAUCGUGAUGUACUUUUCAUUGAUCUCGUGGAAUUAAUGCAAACAAGCAAAAAUUCUUUGAUUCACAAAUUGUAUCCGCAAGAACUUCAAACAAAUAAAACAAAAACGCUUAAAUCUAGACCUACUACUGCUGGUAGUAAGAUAAGAAAUCAAGCAAGUCGAUUGAUGAAUCAAUUAAUGAAAUCUAUACCACAUUAUAUUAGAUGUAUCAAACCAAAUGAAACGAAAAGACCUCGAGAUUGGGAUUCAGUUAGAGUAAAACAUCAAGUAGAAUAUUUAGGUUUAAAAGAAAAUAUCAGAGUGCGUAGAGCUGGUUUUGCAUAUAGAAGAACAUUCGCCAAAUUUUUACAGAGAUAUAGAAUUCUAACGAAAGAAACAUGGCCGUAUUGGUCCGGUGAUGAAAAACAGGGAAUCGAAUGGAUAUUAAAUAGCCUUAAUAUUCGGAAAUCACAAUAUCAACUUGGAAAAACAAAAUUAUUCAUAAAAGUUCCUGAAAGUCUUUUCAUGUUAGAAGAAGCAAGAGAUCGGAAAUAUAACAUGUACGCUAGAAUAAUCCAAAAAGCAUUUAAGAAAUAUUUCGCACGAAAAAGACACGAACAAGAAAAACAAGAAGCAGCUGAUUUUUUGUUUGGCCGUAAAGAACGUAAACGUGCCAGUUUGAAUAGAAAUUUUAUGGGUGAUUAUAUUGGAUUAGAUGAUAAGCCUCAAAUAUUAAAUUUAAUUGGAAAAAAGGAAAAAAUUUUAUUUACUGAAACUGCAAGAAAGUAUGAUAGAAGAUUUAAGAUGAGUAGAAAAGAACUUAUUUUAACUAAUAAAUAUUUAUAUCUUAUUGGCCGAGAACAAAUAAAAAAAGGUGCAGACAAGGGGAAUCUAGUGGAAGUUAUAAAACGAAAAUUAUCAUUUAAUCAACUUAGUCAUGUAUCGUUAAGUACUCUUCAAGAUGGUUUUCUUAUUAUCCAUGUAAAAGAGGAUUAUGAUAGUUUAUUAGAAUUAAUAUUUAAAACAGAAUUUUUAAUUCUUCUUAAUAAAAAAUACGUUCAAGAAACUGGACAUAUUUUAAAUAUAAGAUUUAGUAACAAUUUAGAAUUUAAGAUUAAAAAAGAAGGAUGGGGAAGUGGAGGUACUAGACAAAUACAUUUCAUGCAGAGUGAUUAUGGUAACAAUGAAAUUUUAAAGCCAAAUGGAAAAAUUCUAAAUGUCUGGAUUGGACCAGGAUUACCAAGUACUACUAAGUUGAAUAUUAAAAAACCAAUAAAAGUAAAUCAACAAUACAAUGUAUUGAAGAAUAAUUAUUCUUUUUCAUCAAUUACGUUACAAUCAAAUAAGUCACUUCAAUCAAUUGUUCAACCUACAAUUAUCAAACAAUUUCAAAAUUCUAACAUUGAUCAUACAUUAUCUUCAAAAUCAACCAUACCAAAAACUAUACCUGAAAAACCUAAGUUACAAUUAUCUAUAGUAUCAAACAUGAAAGUUGAUUCUCUGAAUGAAUCUAUGCAAACAAAAGAAAAAAAGCAAAUAACAAAACAGCCGAAAAAAUUAGAAAAUAACUCUAUGCCUUUAAUGGGUAUGUUUACCAAUCCAAAUGGCAUUUCACAUGGUUUAUUGAAGUUUCCUCCAGUUCCUUCGGAGCCACCUCCAUCGCAUAUACCAGCUUUCAAAUAUCCGAUCGAUAAUAAUGAUCUCACAAGUAAUAAUAAAAGCAUAAAAUACAAUAAGAAUAUACAAACAGAUAAAAAACAAAACACAAGACAAGAAGUGAAUAAAACUGAAAAUGAUGCAUCUCAUAUUAUUUCGAAUAAUAAAAUACAUCCAUCAAAACCAGCUCUUCCUAGUUUACCUAAAGCUAAAUCUUUAUACGAUUACAAACCACAAGAUAAGGAUGAAAUAGAACUUAAAGAAGGUGAUAUUCUAGAAAUACUUAAAGAACAUGAAGGUGGUUGGUGGUAUGGCAGAUUAAAAGGAAAAACUGGACUGUUUCCUUCAAAUUAUAUUGUUAAGAUAUAAGAUAUUAGAUAUUUUUAUAUAUGAUAUGAAUAUAAUUUAUAGUAUUAUUUACGCAAAAAAAUAAUGUAAUAGCUUUAACUAAAUGAAACCAAAUGAAAUGAACUUUUUAAAAAAUAAUUCAAAAUAGAUUAAUUUUUUUCAAAAUAUAUAUUUAUACAUAUAUGUAUAUAUAUUAUAAAAAAAGUAAUAUAUUAUUAUAAAUAAAAAAGAUAAAUUAAUUUAAUAAUUGAUGAAUUAAAUUUUAAG